GAAGCGGUGAGGGCGGCGGGCGUCCGGCUCUGAGGUGGUAGAGGCGGCGGUGGCGGCUCUGCACUGGGCUCCGCGGGGAGCGCGCGAGGGUCGGGGCGCGGGGCCGAGUGCCAGUUCCCGCUCGACCAUCCGCCCGCCGCCCGGACGCCUGGGCCGCGGAGUUUGUGCCCCGGCUCGGACCCCGGCGCCCAGCCCGGAGCCGUAACCUUGAGGCGGCGGCGGCGGGGCCGGGCCGGGCCGGGCCGGGGGGCGGCGGCGCUGGAUCCGCGGCUGCCGGAUCGCAGGCGGGAGAUGUCGAACCCCGGGACGCGCAGGAACGGCUCUAGCAUCAAGAUCCGUCUGACAGUAUUAUGUGCCAAGAACCUUGCAAAGAAAGACUUCUUCAGACUUCCCGACCCUUUUGCCAAGAUUGUUGUCGACGGGUCCGGGCAGUGCCACUCAACUGACACGGUGAAGAACACGUUGGACCCCAAGUGGAGCCAGCACUAUGACCUAUACGUGGGGAAAACUGAUUCGAUAACGAUCAGCGUGUGGAACCACAAGAAAAUUCACAAGAAGCAGGGAGCGGGCUUCCUGGGCUGUGUGCGGCUGCUCUCCAACGCCAUCAGCAGAUUCAAAGACACCGGCUACCAGCGUUUGGAUCUAUGCAAACUAAAUCCCUCAGAUACUGAUGCAGUUCGUGGCCAAAUAGUGGUCAGUCUGCAGACCCGGGACAGAAUAGGCUCCGGAGGGUCUGUGGUGGACUGCAGGGGACUCACGGAAAACGACGGGACGGUGUACGAGGACUCGGGGCCCGGGCGGCCCCUCAGCUGCUUCCUGGAGGAGCCGGCCCCCUACUCGGACGGGCCCGGGGCCGCCGCCGGGGCGGGGGGCUGCCGCUGCUUCGCCGAGUCCCCCGGCCAGGACCACAGGCUCCCCGCGCAGCGCGCGCGCAACCCCGAGGUCCGGGGCGCGCUGCAGACGCCGCAGAGCCGGCCCCACGGCCACCAGUCGCCCGAGCUGCCCGAAGGCUACGAGCAAAGGACGACCGUUCAGGGGCAGGUUUACUUCUUGCACACACAGACCGGAGUCAGCACGUGGCACGACCCCAGGAUACCAAGUCCCUUGGGGACCCUUCCUGGGGGAGAUGCAGCUUUUCUAUACGAAUUCCUUCUGCAAGGCCACACCUCCGAGCCCAGAGACCUGAACAGCGUGAACUGUGAUGAGCUGGGACCUCUGCCACCAGGUUGGGAAGUCAGAAGUACAGUUUCUGGGAGAAUAUAUUUUGUAGAUCAUAAUAACCGAACGACCCAGUUUACAGACCCGAGGUUACACCACAUCAUGAACCACCAGUGCCAACUGAAGGAGCCCAGCCAGCCGCCGCCCCUGCCCAGCGAGGGCUCCAUGGAGGACGAGGAGCUGCCCGCCCAGAGAUAUGAAAGAGAUUUGGUCCAGAAGCUCAAAGUCCUCAGGCAUGAACUUGCACUUCAGCAACCCCAAGCUGGUCAUUGCCGCAUCGAAGUAUCCAGAGAAGAAAUAUUUGAGGAGUCUUAUCGCCAGAUAAUGAAGAUGCGGCCAAAAGACCUGAAAAAACGACUAAUGGUGAAAUUCCGUGGAGAAGAAGGAUUGGAUUAUGGUGGCGUGGCAAGGGAAUGGCUUUAUUUACUGUGCCAUGAAAUGCUGAAUCCCUACUACGGGCUCUUCCAGUAUUCUACAGACAACAUCUACACAUUGCAAAUCAAUCCAGAUUCUUCAAUCAACCCUGACCACUUGUCUUAUUUCCACUUCGUGGGUCGGAUCAUGGGUCUGGCUGUGUUCCACGGACACUACAUAAACGGGGGCUUCACAGUCCCCUUCUAUAAGCAGCUCCUGGGGAAACCCAUCCAGCUCUCGGACCUGGAAUCGGUGGACCCCGAACUCCACAAGAGCUUAGUGUGGAUCCUGGAGAACGACAUCACCCCCGUGCUGGACCACACUUUCUGCGUGGAGCACAACGCCUUCGGGCGGAUCCUGCAGCACGAGCUGAAACCCAAUGGCAGGAACGUGCCCGUCACAGAGGAGAACAAGAAAGAAUAUGUCCGGCUGUAUGUAAAUUGGAGGUUUAUGAGAGGAAUUGAAGCCCAGUUCCUGGCUCUUCAGAAAGGGUUUAACGAGCUCAUCCCUCAACACUUACUGAAGCCUUUUGACCAGAAGGAGCUGGAGUUGAUAAUCGGAGGCCUGGAUAAAAUAGACCUGAACGACUGGAAGGCCAACACCCGCCUGAAGCACUGCGCGGCAGACAGCAACAUCGUCAGGUGGUUCUGGCAGGCGGUGGAGACCUUCGAUGAGGACAGGAGGGCGCGGCUCCUGCAGUUUGUGACGGGGUCGACACGUGUCCCCCUCCAGGGCUUCAAGGCCUUGCAAGGUUCUACAGGCGCUGCAGGGCCCCGGCUGUUCACCAUCCACCUGAUUGACGCGAACACAGACAACCUCCCGAAGGCCCACACCUGCUUUAACCGGAUCGACAUCCCACCCUACGAGUCUUAUGAGAAGCUCUACGAGAAGCUGCUGACCGCGGUGGAGGAGACUUGUGGGUUUGCUGUGGAGUGAGGAGCGACCGGGGCUGCAGGCCCCAGCCCACGGCCCACCAGACAGACCCGAAGCACCUCACUCUGCGGCCCCCAUGAAGUGCCCAAGGCCCUGGGACCCUAGAUGACCUGAGGGAGAGGGGUUGGCUCCCGCCUGUGUUGGGGAGGGCGGGAGGACUUUGGUUGGUGGCUCCCACCCGUCUAUUCCUCCUUUAUUAUGAUACUUCCGCCCCUUUCCAUCCCCUGUCCGAUACCACGCAGCCAGGGGCAGCACUUGGCGUUGGUUGUGUGGGAAUGUUCUGCUGGGUUGUCACGGGCACUGUGCCAGGCUCAGGCCCGUGGGCUCCUGUCGGGGGCCGGCCUGCAGCUGGGCCUGCGCUUGGCCGCCUGGAGGGCUGGAGUGGUGGAUGGAUCACUCUUCCGUCUCUGGACAGUCUCAAGGGCUCUUUUUAAAUUCAGCAGUUGAUGGGUAUCUUAUUAGAGCUGAAAUUCCAAAUUUCACAUCCUAGCAGCGUGCCCUGGGUAGCAGAUUAAUUACUACCUGAAAAAUAACUGAUGUAUGGUUAUUGGAAUUCUGUCACAGCAGGAAGCUCUGGUCAGAAAUGUUUCCCCUUUGGGAAGGUAAAGGAAUUGGGGCAGCUUUCCCUGCAGGCAUAGGGGGUUCCUUUCCAGGGUAUCCAGGCUGAAAAAUCUGUUUUGCACAGAGAAAAAUUAUCUUUCCUUCUAAGGGUCCCUUUUGCCACAUUAGCCAAUUAGAAAUAUUUUUUCAAUGAAAACAUCACAUAAUGAAGCUUAUAAAAGAACAGAUAAGACCAGCCUCAGCUCCAGCUGGUCCCCAAGCUGUGAUCCUCACCCUGUUAGACUCGGCAGAGCCUGGGCUCGUCCCUGAACUAUUGACAGACGAUUAAGGGGAAACUGCUAAGAGCUGAACUAACAAAACAGAACUCUGUUCUCACAGCUACUGGCUUGGUGAGAACGCGCUUACAAGGAGAGGGGGGUGAGUGGAGCCGCUGUGACCCCGGGACGGCGCAGGGGGCUGCGACACAGGACCCUUGGCCCCUCCCCCAGUGUCAGAUGGGGGCACUAACGGCUGCUGUCAGUUCACCCGCCAGGUGUCUUCAUGUGAGGAAGGCCAAGCUAGCCUAGACCUUAAUUGCUAAUGCCGUUUUCCAGUGUGCACGGCAGUUCCAACAGUAUCUUAGCAAAGCGGCAGGAUUCGAGGUGCCAAGUUUCAGUGGAAAGAAGUAGCGUUUCCUGUCUGGUUUUCUGGUGGUGGUUUUUAUUUUGUUGGGAGCAAGCAUAGGCAAUUCAUUAACAGAUAUUUAGCUGCUGUUAAAGCUUAUGAGAUAAGCCUGGGGACACAGCCGUAGGUCUGAGCUGGAUGACUGUUUUACCUGUUCUUUUUGUUACUAAACCCUUGAACAGUGGGGUUUGGGAAGUCUGCCUGCUCCUCUGCAGCCCACUGUGGUCCUUUUUGCUUGCUCCCAAAGGGGUUUGGCGUGGGGAACACAUGGCCUUGGGCCACCAAGGGUCCAGGAUGGGAGGGAGGCCAGGUGGGAUUUGCUCAGAAGGAAAAUUGAGUCCAUUCAGAAUGUCCAGGCCAAACUGAGGGCUGCUUUCUCUGCAGCUUUGCCUUGAUCCAGCUGCACUUCUGUGCCUCCUGUGAUGCUUUCUGAGCGCUGUGCCCCAACUUCUCUUGCAUCCUCCUUGUGAAGAGGGAGGAGUGGAGUCCCCGAGAUGGCUCUGUUCUGCAAAGGGCCUGUACUGUGGACGGGGCCCCCGGGGCUCUUCCUGGUAGUGUCAUCCAAGCUCUGCAUUAAUUCGGAAAGCACCCAGGAGCUUGGGAAGGCUCUGGUGCAGAGAUGUUCAGGUGAUACCUUUAAAACGACCUUCUCGCUGUCGGGAAGGAGUGGGGGGCUUUCCCCGGUGGCCGCUGUGGCCCUGCCCCCCUCAUGGCCAGCAUCACCUCAGCCCAGGUCCAGAUGGGCACAUCCUUUGUCUGCACGCAUUGCCUGUCCCAGGAAAGGCCCCUGGCCCUCCUCCUUCCCGAAUCACGUGGGGUUGCAGCGCUUGCAUCGGGUACCUCAUGGCUGCGAGUGUCGCGGGCGUCACAGAGCCUGAAAGAGGAGCCUUCUAAGCUCCAGCUUGCUUGGUCCCGACAGCCGGCCUGCCAUGGCCCUGCUCCCCUAGAACCUUAGAUAUCCACAGUGAUUUGGUCCUUGUUGCUCCAUCCCAGAGCACACAGCGUGGCCCAUGGUGAAAGCUCCUGGUUGCCCACUUGGGGUCUGCAUGAACCUUCCCAGGCGCGGUCUCAUUCGCUGCUCCUUCCUCCCCCUCGCCUGUUUGCCCAGAUGCUUCAGAGGCCCCUUUUCAGGCUUGUCCUCACCAGCGGUCACCAGCCAACACUCAGGGACGUAGCAAACCACCAUCCUCUAGUGCUUUAAACAGGGAAAGGUAGGAGGCUGGGGACGCACAGAGAUUGAGUUCUCGACUUCUGGGGAGAGCAUCUUGCUUGCUCGAUCUCAUUGAGGCCCCUCGGCUCGCUCAGCCACACGGUCCAAGUUCAGGUCAGGAGACGUCGGGAACGGCCUUGUCAGAGAAGACGCCCCUCCCCGCAGCCGGCCCAGGCGCGAGCUGCACUGCAGCCCUCCCAAAACAUGGUAUGAAUUUUUUAAAUUUGUUUAUUUUUGUUUCUCAACCACUUUAUAAUGUAUUUUUUAAUUUAUUUUGUAAUGUCUUAAGUAUUGCUGCUAUCCUUGUUACUCCUCCCACUGUUUUUAUUGCUGAUUUAUUUUGUGAGAGUUGUACACUAAUGUUCGGUUUUGUCAAAAAUCAAAAGUAUUUAAAGAAAUACUAGUUCUAUUUAAUGUGGUUUUGGAACCAGCUGGAAACACAAAACAGUGAUUGUACAGCAGGCUGGACCCAGAGGUCAGGCUCAUUUUGUUACAUAUGCAAUAAACUCACAACUUUACA